UACCGCUCGGCUCACUCACACGGUUCACGGUUAAGAUGCGUUUUCGGUGAACGCGCCGCAGGUGAAUGCAGUUGCCUUCUUAUGUUUGUCACAUUUACGCCCCGUAUUGUAUAUACUCGUCCCUUAAUAUUCCACGUUGAAAGAAACACGUUUCCACAAUCCCUGACACUCAACUCACCUUCCAAUCGUUAUGGCAACGCGGGUUCGACCGAGCAGUAAACGCUGCGCAGUCAUCGGGGGGUCCGGCUUCCUGGGCAGACACCUGGUGGAGAAGCUGGUGGAUCGAGGCUACUCCGUGCAUGUGUUCGACAUCCGUCAGAGCUACGAACUCCCUGGAGUCACCUUCCACCAGGGAGACCUCUGCGACAAACAGGCUCUGCUGUUGGCUAUGAAGGAUGUGUCCCUGGUCUUCCACUGUGCCUCCCCGGCCCCCGCCAGCGAUGACCGCAGGCUGUUUGAGAGGGUCAACAUCGAGGGCACGCGCACCGUCAUCGACGCCUGCAACGAGGCUGGAGUGCAGAAACUGGUCCUGACCAGCAGUGCCAGCGUGGUGUUCGAAGGGACGGAUGUGAAGAACGGGGCGGAGGAUCUACCAUACGCCAAGAAGCCCAUCGACUACUACACUCAGACCAAGAUUCAGCAAGAAAAGCUGGUCCUGGAGGCUUGUGACAAGGGGAAGGGUCUCCUCACAGUUGCCAUCCGGCCUCACGGCAUCUUUGGCCCUCGGGACCCACAGCUGGUUCCCAUUCUAGUGGACACUGCUCGCAGGGGCAAGAUGAAGUUCAUCAUUGGUGACGGAACCAAUCUGGUGGACUUCACCUUCGUGGAGAAUGUAGUUCAUGGCCACAUCCUUGCUGCUGAACGCCUGAGGCCAGACUCUCCCAUAUGUGGCAAACCAUACCACAUCACCAACGACGAGCCGGUUAGGUUCUGGGACUUCAUGUCCGAGGUGCUGGUGGGUCUAGGAUACGCCGCUCCCCGCUACCACCUCCCUUACGCCCUAGUGUACGGCCUGGCCCUGCUCCUCUGGCUGCUGGCUCUGAUCCUGCGCCCUCUAGUGUCCUUUAAACCCACCUUCACACCAAUGAGAGUGGCUCUGGCUGGAACCCAUCACUACUACAGCUGCGACCGGGCCAAGCGGGACCUGGGCUACAAGCCGCUGGUCAGUCUGAAGGACGGCAUAGCGCGCACAGUGCAGAGCUACCCUCACCUCAGACAAGGAGCCUGAGGGUAGAAGGCCGAACAGUUACUCGCACUCAAGAAAUGAGGAGAACCGGCACGGACGAUUCAAAGUGAGGCAACAGAAAGUUUUAUGUUUAUCCAAAGCUCCCAGCGUGACACCGAUUUAGUGCCUUCUCAACCGUUAUGCACAUUUCCACCAGCAGAUGGCGGCCAGUCCUUUAAUGAAUUUGGUCAUCGCACCGCGGUCUGGUUUAUUUCAAGUUUUAAAGCACUUGGUGAACAGUUAAGUAACUCGCAUGUACAGAUCUUACACUGUGAAAAAUGGAAUUACUUUGAAAUAUUCUUGUAUUUUGUUCAUCAUGUACUGUACACACAUUGCGAUGUUGUAUGUCAAAAUGCCUUAAUAUAUUCCACUAAACCACAA